AGCAGUAUAUUUUUAGACGACGGCUUCUUCAUGACGCGUUCAAAGUUUCUGUAUGGAGCAACCAUAUUUGUUUCGUUUUCCCACACAAGGAGCAGCACAAAUUACUCAGUGUGAGUAUUUAUGUGUGGGAGAAGCUGAGUUUCAGCUUACUAACAGACUAUCCAGCCAGAAAUAAGAACCGUCUUAUAUGGCAUUCAGCGUAGCAGAGGCACGGUGAUUUUACAUACUUAACUUGUGUUCAGUGUAUUGGCUACACAGUCCUCUCUUGCCACUGUGCUGCUUGGUACCAGUCCAGAUCUCCCCUAGGUUUGGCAGCAGUAAUAAAUAGUCUCGUCCGGGAUUUAGAGUCUCCUGUUAUGAGAGGUUGGCACUGAGACAACAGGAGACGUUUGAUAAAACUUCAGGAAAGGCUGCUUUGAAUAUAUCAUCCGGUGACCCAAAGCAAUCUGUGAGACGUCAACAUGGCCAGCAGCACUCCACGGCAAGCACUGAUAUCCAAACUCAAGAAAAAGCUUAUUUCACUGAGUAGAGAUCACCUACAGAUGAUUGCGUCUUUGAUUGACGAUGGUCCCGCUCACAAUGUUGAUGUUUUAAGUGCACGAGAACUGACCAUCCUAAUUAUUGACUUCAUCAGUAGUGAAAAACUGAGCUCAUUGGAGGAUGAAGGCAUGACCCAGCUGCAUCUCUUGGAUGACCUGAUUAGUGAUCUGCUCGCCUCUAAUGUCGGUGCAGCUGGAGAUGACCCAUCCACACCUGUAAGAACACAAGAUGGAUCAGCCAGUCAGUCUGGAUGUCCUAAUCCCAUCUAUUCAGACCGGGAAUCAGCUCCUCCUGUUACAGACAUUCCCCUUCAGCCAACACAUACAACCAGCAACGUCAAUACUCAAUCACCUGCACAGCUGAACAGUGACACUCACACCCCCAUGUCCCAAACGGACAGGGAUUGUUCUCCAGCAAGAGUCUCCACUGCUGCAACACCAGCAGAAUCACCUACAGAAAGAGAAAAUGAUCCUCUGAAGCAACAAGACCCACCAGCUCAGGACUCUGCUGAUAAAAAGUCACCAUCAGGAAGCGGCAAUGGAAACUUCUUCUCAAAGCCAGCAGGAAUAUUUCUCAUAGCAGGAUCUGCAGUCUUGGGGGGAAUCGGUGCAGUGGCGCUGGCUCCUGUUGUUCUGGGGGCCGUUGGUUUCACCUCAGCUGGGAUAGCAGCGGGCUCCUUCGCUGCAAGCAUGAUGUCUGCUGCUGCCAUCGCCAACGGCGGAGGGGUGGCAGCAGGAAGCCUGGUGGCGAUUCUACAAUCUGCAGGAGCUGUUGGUCUCUCUGCGGCCGCCUCUACAGCUGUGGCUGGUGUUGGAGCUGGUGUUGGAGCUGGUAUUGGGGCCACUGCAGGGCUGCUGGCAGGCAACACCAACAAGCAAGAGGAGGUGAACGAGGAAGGCAAAGAGAAGAAGGAUAAGGAAGAAAACGAUGAUGGGGAGAUUAAGGAUAAGGAAGAGAAGAAUGACAGGGAGGAGGAGGAAGAGGAGAAGGAGAAGGAAGGCGAGUCAGACGGACAGUACAAGAAGAAAAAAUAGAAGUAGAAGAAAGAAGGAAAAGUUUUGUUCCUAUUCUUGUCCCCACAUGAAUAGGUUGGGUUUUUUUCACUUACUAAUCUGCAUCAAGUUGUCUCAGUAUUGACAGUCUGUCCUUACUUUUACCAUUUACUGGUUAUGUAAUUCAAGAGACCUCACACUACACAACUUCUAAUAUUGUUGAAACACAACUGUUUCAUUUAGCUAUAAAAUUAUUAAUACAUUAUAUAAAUAACUACAGUUUUGCAUUAACGUGUGUUCUUGCCUUCAUGUUGGACUUUGUUUCAACAAGAAAUGAGACAAAAUGCCAAAAUCUAAAGCAAUCAUCCUCUUUUGUUGCUUUUAAACUAUUUGCAUAAUAAACUUGUGA